AUGAGGCGAAAUGGUCGAAUGCCUGAAACCUUUGAAAUGGAUUCGAACGGAGAUAAGCUUCGCCCAAAACGAGGAAUAGCUCCUGCUGUCGCUGUUGGUUUCUCUAUUGCAGCUUUUAUCAUUGCAGCCGUUACUGGAGUACUGACUGCUUGGAACUAUAUUUGCGAUUGGAUUCGUGCAUCACAGCGAACGGAAGAACUCGAAAAAUCGAAGAAAAUUUAA